AGUUCCCCACUGGCGUCGCGUGCGCUUCGUUUUCCCCCGUGUAGUGUGUCAUGUCAUUUUCCAGCACCUCAUCAUCACCCGCCUGGGAUUAUCGGAGUUCUCCGGCCCCAUUGGAUCUGGGUACCACCAUCCUGUGGCAAAAUGAACGGCGAAACGCAACGACUGCGGCACUGAGCCUCCAGACAACUAGCCUGGGUGCCGGCCACCUCCUCUGGCUGGCCAUCAAUGCCCUGCUGUUCGCCCUCAUCUUGGGCGGCAACAUCCUGACCAUUGUAGCGGUGCGCACCUGCCGCCACCUGCGAUCGGUCAUCUCCAACCUGUUCAUCCUCUCGCUGGCCGUCUCCGACUUCUGCGUGGGACUGGCCCUGCCCUACCACCUGGCCUUCUACAUGGGCUCCGACAUUGGCGCCAUGCGCACUCCCUGCCUGCUGCGCUUCUUCCUGCUCAUCUGCGCCUGCUGCGUGUCCAUGCUGACCCUGAUCUCCAUCGCUGUGGAUCGCUACAUAGCCGUGGUCUACGCCCUGCACUACAGAAGAUACAUGACUCGUCGAGUCGCCUUUAGCAUCAUCUUAUCCAACUGGUGCCUGGGUGCCGUGGUGGCCCUGAUUCCCGUGUUCUGGAACCGAUGGCCCGAGGCGCAGGCCUGCGAGUUCGACGAAGUCCUCGCCCCCGGCUACAUCGCCGGAGUGAUCACGCCGGGCUUCGUGAUCAUCUGGAUCUGCAUGCUGCUCGUCUACUGGCGGAUCAUGCGCGAGGCCUCCAAGCAGGCACAGCGACUGCGCCAGUCGGUGGUCUACAACACGGACGAGGCCACUACCAUGAGAAGUCUGCUGCUCCAUCCGGACUGGAAAAGUGUCCAGAUCGUGGUCUUCAUCAUGGGCUGCUUCACCCUCUGCUGGCUGCCGUACUUCUGCGUGGCCAUUGCCCAGCUGUUCAGCAUCUGCCAGAGCAGCUCGAUGAUCUACAAGACGACGUUCUCGCUGGCCAUUGCCAACUCGGCCCUGAAUCCGAUCAUCUACUCGUGGAAGAACUCCGGCUUCCGUCGGGCCUUUGCCCAGACCCUCUGCUGCCGGACGGCGAGGCAGUGCGAGGAGCAGGUGCCGGCGGACAGCAAGCACCGCAUGGAGGCCACCUCCUCCUCCACGGGCUACCAGCAGGAGAUCAAGCCGAAGGCCACGCAGUGAUCCCCUGACUUGGCGGCAACACA